CGAAAAUUAACCUAACUCUCCUAGAUUUUCUGUUGCCUCCCCUCUCUCUACAGUGGGCAGUGAACCCUCUUCUUCCGCACUCGACCUUCAAUCCUUCCUACAAUGCAACAGGCGGGAUCAUCGGCGUCGGAGACUGAGGUGACGUGGGAAGAUCAGCAGAACAUCAAUAAGUUUGGUAGAUUGAACAACCGCCUUCACGAAGUAGAAGAUGAAAUCAAGAUUGCUAAGGAAACAAACGAAAGCCUCGAGGAUGCAAGCAACGAGCUGAUCCUCACAGAUGAAGAGGUCGUUCGGUUCCAAAUAGGCGAGGUUUUUGCUCACGUGCCGAAGGAGGAAGUUGAAAGCAGGAUCGAGGAGAUGACCGAGAAGACGAGCAAGAACUUGGUAAAACUCGAGGAGGAGAAAGAAUCAAUAGUUGCUCAGAUGGCCGCGUUGAAGAAAAUCUUGUACGGAAAAUUCAAGGAUUCGAUCAAUCUCGAGGAGGAUUAGAUCAAGCUGCUCGAACCUGCAGUUAUGAUUUGUCUUUGGAUUUGUUGCCAGAUGCAUCAAAACUAUUUAGCUGGUGUUGUUAAUUUAACAGUCUCAAAAUCGCCUUUACGCAUUUGUUUUUUCGAAUUUUGCAUCACAUUUUUUAUAUGUCUUUCAUGAUCUAAUGCUUUGAGUGAAGAAUUGAUGUACCUUUCUAAGGGGUUUAUUGCAAA